CAGAAACUUUUGCAGACCAUGACAGCAGUGCAGCUUCCUCAAUAGUUCAUACCCCUGAACCGGUCCUUGGCUGCUCGUGCCAGCAGAGAGGAUGAGCAUGGAGGAGAAGCUGGAGGGGAUGCUGCUAAAGUGCAGUGGAGUGGUGGGGCUGCACCCCUCCUCCAGGGUCCUGGGGACCCCGGGUGGGGAUGGGAGGCGGGUGGUAGGAGCAGCGUCGGAAUCGCUUGUGGAGUUGAGCCUGGGCGAGAGGGCGCUGACCCACCACGCGCUGCUGGUGGGAGAUGACGAGGAUGAGGACGACAGGGAGGAGGGCGUCCUGGCCCCGCACCACCUUGUCACCCAGGAUGAGCUGAUGGUCCAGGAGGAGACGGUGAGGAACGACACGGAGGAGGGGCCAGAGGCAGAGCUCCAGCAGGGUCUUCCCCACAGGCUGUCAUACCCCCUCCAUCUGCCCGUUAACGUCAAACAGGAGCUCAAACUGUCGGACGUAGCGAUGGGGAUGAAGAAGGAGAGAAGGCCGGCGAGAGACCUCUCUGACUGUCUCAAGAAGAAGAAGAGAAAACAGCGCUCUCCUGCGAAGAUCCUCACCAUUAAUGAAGAUGGGUCGCUUGGCCUGCAGAGCUCCAAGUCUCAUGUGUGUGAACACUGCAGCGCUGCCUUCCGAACCAACUACCACCUGCAGAGGCAUGUCUUCAUCCAUACCGGUGAGAAGCCCUUCCAGUGUGCCCAGUGUGAUAUGCGUUUUAUCCAGAAGUACCUUCUGCAACGGCAUGAGAAGAUCCACACAGGUGAGAAGCCUUUCCGCUGUGAUGAGUGCGGGAUGAGGUUCAUCCAGAAGUACCACAUGCAGAGGCACAAGAGAACACACAGCGGGGAGAAGCCCUAUCAGUGUGACUACUGCCACCAGUACUUUUCCAGAACUGACCGGGUUCUGAAGCACAAGCGCAUGUGCCAUGAGAACAGGGACCGGAAAGCCAACAGGGCCACCUCCAAAGAGGCCCUUCCAAGCGGUGACAAUGACCUGGGCUCCCCUUUCGCCCCAAGAGAGAACUCUGCGCACCCGCCGAAAAAGAAGCGCCAGCGGGCCAGCGAGAAGACCCGCCCCACCUUGGAGAAGGGUGGCGAGGAGAGAGGGGAGCUGCGGCCGCGCAAGCCGGAGUGCCCUCCCCUCUUCACCGCGGUAGCUGCUGCCCCCUCCAAGGUGAAAGACGAGUAUGUGGUGGCGGAGUACUCAGUGGAACUGCCAGAGCCUCCACUGGGUGGGGCGCUUCGGGGGCCAGGGCCCUCAGAGCUGGCCCACCCCCCCAAGCUGGUCCUGAAGAAGGUGACUUGCAAGCGGAGUGGGAGGCCGAGGGCAGAGCCACCCCCGGACCUGUCCCCGCUGUCCGGCUUCGAGGAUGGCAAGGCGGCUGGGUACCCCUACGAGCUGGUCGAGAAGCAGGGCCUGCUGGACGCGGAGGCGCAUGCAAGCCUAGACCCUGCUGACGGCCUGCAAGGCGGGCCAAGCAAGCCCGCUGCGGUGGCGAGCAGCACCAACUACGAGGACGCUGUGCAGUUCUUGAAGAAGAAGCGCUACCUGCAGGCAGCCACCGCCCCCACCGGCACGCGCGACUACGCCCUGAGUGUAGGAUCAGCGGCCUCGCAGCCCGCUGUCACCCAGGCUGCCGUGGCCAGUGUCAUGGAGGAUGCUGUCCCUGCCGCCAUCCUGGACGGCCAGGCGCUGAGUGUGGAAAUCAAGCCCAGCCAUGACCGUGGCGUCCUGCCCGAUGAGGUUCUCCAGACCCUGUUGGACCACUACUCCAACAAGGCCAAUGGCCAGCCGGAGAUCUCCUUUGGGGUGGCUGACGCCGAGGUGACGUCCAGCUUGUCCAUCAAUUCAUCUGAUGUUUCGGAGGCCGGGCAGGCGGAGGGGCUUGGGGCAGGCUCACAGGCAGCCCCUGCGGAGAAGGCCAGCAUGCUGCAGGAGUACUCCAAGUUCCUCCAGCAGGCACUGGAGAGGACCAGCCAAAACGACAGCUUCCUGGGCAGCCAGAGCCUGGCCUUCGUGACAGAGGGCCAGCCACUGUUCGCCACGGCAGACAAGCCGUACGCUUCAGCCAGCCGCUUCCGGGCAGGGCUGAGCUCGCCUCUGCGGUCACCCUUGGACAAGUCGCACUUUGGCCUGCUCGUAGGAGAUGCCCAGCAACCAUUCUCCUUCUCGGGAGACGAGACAAACCCCUCCUCCGUGUCGCCCACGGAGGACUUCCUGGAGCAGGUAACGUCGGCGAAAAAGGCCGAAGCUGCCACCAUCGCCGUCGCCCACCCAGCAUUUCAGAUAAGCGGGUUCGAGCAGAACUUCCGGUCCCCCCUUCAGGCCUCGCGGUCCGGGAUCUCUGCCCAGCUGAGCGUUGUGAAUGGGCAACUGAGCCUGCGGGGCCAGGCAGCCAGCACAGACUUCCCAGAAUUCUCCUUGGUCGGCGUGACCGAGUCCAGAACUCAACUGACCUCAUCCCCGGACACCACCAGUAGCCAAACAUUUGGCUGAAGGACACAAAGUCUAUUCUUAUGAUCCUUUGAAAGGCACUUUAUAU